AGCAGCGCGCUAACUGGAUGAAUUCGAAACGUCAAAUUCUUCGAACGUUAUUUUCAACAACAAAAAAAAAAGAAAAAAAAAAUAUCCACUAAAAUUAAGGAUGCGAGAAGCUGGUAAAAGUUUUGCUUGAUUUUUAUAUCCUUAUUUAUCACUUAAGAGGAAUGCCCUUGUCCUAAGGACCGGGUCCAUCGUUACAAGUGCAACGUACCAUUCGGGUAUAUUUCAGCUUUGCCAACCGGUUUGCACGUUUCGGGAGAGAAUAGCUCGAGAUUCUGAAGUGGCGCCAGCGCACAAAUUCUUCUACCUAAUUUUGUGCACGCACGCAAAGCCAUUUACAUUCGACGACGCAAAAGUCCGUACGUACAUGCCAAAAGCAAAUCCAAGCUGCUUCAAGACAUAAUAAUAGUGGAAAACAUACACUGGAGAACAUCGAUCUUCGUCGGACUACGAUCCAUUAUGUUCCUACAACGUUAAUGAAUAUUUAAACGAUACUUUUUCUUUCAACGAAAAUUCAAAUGACACCUUUUGGUCGUUGGAAUAUUCAUUAGAAACUCGACGAAUAUCGUUAGUCCAUCGAGAAAUAUUACAACGACAAAAAUGUAAUCUAUUCGAAGACGAAUACCAAUUUAGAAUUUACGUCCUUGACGCGAUUGAAUUUUUCCGUUCAGAAACUCAGUAACUCUAUUUCUCGUGAUAAACGAUAUAUCAAGAAAUUCUUUGACUUUGACAAGUUAAAAGUUAAAAACAACCGCGAUCCAUUAUAUUCGAAGAACGCUUAGAAUCGAAAGAGAUUUGAUUUUUGUACGUAUGUAUUAUAUCCGCAGUGUGACCCUUACGCUCUUCGUCCGCCUUCCCGAAGGAUCCUGAUGUCUCUCUCUCUUGAGGAACGCUCAAAAGAACAAGAGAAUAUAACGAAAUCUCAUGGUGGAACCUGCAGAGACUAGAGAGCGAGCCGACGACAGUCGAUGGAAGGGGCGAACCCGUUAUAAGCCCCGAGUCCGCGUCUAUCCGGCAGGUUGGCAGCUUAACGCCGAUCCUGAACCUUCUCUACUCUACUCUCUGCCAGCUCAGGCAAAGACGCGAAUCCACGCGAGGACGAGUAAUCGUUUCGUUCAUUUCCUCGCGACAGCGCGCAAACGAUCGAUCGUAUCGAACGCUUCGUAAUAAGAUUUGCGGCAUCAUGCGGCGAGAACGAGCAUUACCUCCGCUUUUUGCAACGGUACUCGUAUUUCUGAGAAUCACGAGUGUAUCUGCCGAAUCUAUGUCUAACGUUCAGCCGGCUUCUAGAUCCUUAAUCUUUGAUCGUCAGGACAACGAGUUGUAUCGAGAAGAGGACGACGCGAUCGUCGUUGAAGCCGCUAUAGAAGCAGAUCCUACGUCAUUAUCGAGAGACGGUCGAAGCAUCCUCUGGAGCGGAUCCGCGGAACGCGGUACCUGCCUUACGUCUAAGGGCGAGAUUGGACGAUGCACUACUUUCAAAGAAUGUUAUCCUUACUUCAAGAUACCCGAUCUUGGUGCUCUCGACGGUUGGGUUCUUGGUGUUUACGAUACUUGCAGCUUCAUUCUCGAGGACGGCCGCACGAGCUUCGGAAUCUGUUGCUCCAACUUGAAUCCCAUCGCGACUCCCGGCCUGGAGAAUUGCGACGGUCAGAACUUGAACGAUCAACAGAUAGAAGAUGCUAAAACGAAGGAAGACGGAGAGGGAACGGAAGCGGGAACGAACCCAAAACCAAAACCAACGGCCAGUUGGCCACCGCCGAUACCAACUCAUCCACCGGAUCACACGAUCCCACCUUUACCCACCCAUCCGCCGUAUCCAGGAUUGAUUUCGUCGCCCACCUCGAAACCAUCUACAACGAGCUCAAAGAAACCUGGCAUACCGACGACAUGGCCGACGAAGAAACCAGCUUGGUGGCCAGGUGCACCGACCAUCUCGACAACGAAUAAACCUAGUUCGACGACUUCCUCGCCCAUAGACUUGUCUCAAUGCGGAGCGAAGAACGGUAAUCAAGAUCAAGAACGCAUCGUCGGUGGUCAGAACGCCGAUCCUGGUGAAUGGCCAUGGAUCUCUGCCCUCUUCAAUGCCGGACGUCAAUUCUGUGGGGGAUCUUUGAUAGAUGACAAACACGUUCUUACCGCUGCCCAUUGUGUCGUUAACAUGAACUCUUGGGAUGUAGCGAGAUUAACGGUCCGCCUUGGGGAUUACAAUAUAAAGACGAACAGUGAGAUACGUCACGUUGAAAGACGGGUAAAGCGAGUAGUAAGGCACAGAGGUUUUAACUCGCGUACUCUUUACAAUGACGUAGCCAUUCUUACGUUGAGCGAGCCGGUCGAAUUUACGGAACAGAUUCGACCCAUUUGUUUGCCGAGUGGUUCGAAGCUCUAUGUCGGAAUGACUGCAACUGUCAUUGGUUGGGGCUCCUUGAGGGAAAGUGGUCCACAGCCAGCGAUACUUCAAGAAGUUUCGAUUCCAGUCUGGUCGAAUAGCGAAUGUAAAUUUAAAUACGGUUCUGCGGCACCCGGUGGUAUAGUCGACAGUUUCUUGUGCGCUGGACGGGCCGCUAUGGACUCCUGCUCGGGUGACAGCGGUGGUCCGUUAAUGGUCAAUGACGGUCGUUGGACUCAGGUUGGUAUCGUCAGUUGGGGAAUCGGUUGUGGAAAGGGACAAUAUCCCGGCGUUUAUACAAGAGUAACGCAUUUCUUACCUUGGAUCUACAAGAAUCUUAAAUAAGUAAAUAAGCGAUUUUCGAACCCUCUUUUCAUUUCAAUAGCGUGUAAGAAUGCGUGAAGUAUCAAUUUAAAAAGCUAAGCUCAUUCUCCCACCUUUAAACUCUAAAAAAAAAAAAGAAAAAGAAAGAAAAAAAAAAAGAACUUUCAUUUCAUUUCGUAAAUUCUCAUCGCAACAUUUAUCUCCCACAUAUUUUACGUAUUCUCUUACUACGGACGCUUAUAGAUACUUAUGUAGAUCAUCGUACUCGUCGUUUUUGUACGUGGCAAUAAGACAUUUUAUAUGCUCUACAUACACCAGUAUAUAAAAAUAAAAAUAAAACUAUA